AAAGGCCGUUUGGGCGAUGGACAAGACCGUGGUUCUGUACCCAUGCCAUCUCAUCGGCCACCUCACGCCGAUGGUCCAGCUGGCCAAGCUCUUCGUCCAGCACGGCGUCGCUGUCACCGUCGCCCUCGUGGAGCCGCAGGUCGAGUCGGCCAGCUUCUCCGCUGUAGUUGCCCGUGCCGCGGCCACCAACCCGUCCGUCACCUUCCAUGUGCUGCCACCGCCCACCCCCUCCGAAGAAGCCCCACGCAAGAUUUUCGACUACCUCCGCCACAUGGACGCGCCGCUCCGGGACUUCCUCCGCUCACUGCCCAAGGUCCAUGCGAUCCUGCUCGACAUGUUCUGUGCUGGGUCGUUGGACAUCGCCGCUGAGCUCAACAUACCCGCCUACUUCUUCAUGGCCUCUGGCGCCAGCAUCCUUGCAAUCUUUUUGAACCUUCCUAGCGUGGCCGCCAGUACAGAUAGAAAUAGUCUUUCCGAGCUUGGAGACUCGCCGCUUUGUCUCCCUGGCGCUCCUCCAUUUAAAGCUACGGAUCUCCCACAGGUUGUAGUCGACGAGGACACCUCCCAAGGCUUUCUUCGCAUAUUUAAAAGGCUGCCAGAGGCCAAUGGAAUUCUUAUCAAUACGUUCGAGUCACUGGAAGCGCGUGCAGUAAGUGCUCUCAGGGACGGCCUGUGCGUCCCUGGCCGGCCGACACCACCGGUCUAUUGCAUCGGGCCGUUGGUAACGGAAGGCGGAGACAAGAAGCAAGAGUGCCUCGAGUGGCUGGACACGCAGCCGGACAAUAGCAUCACGUUCCUCUCUUUUGGGAGCUUGGGUACAUUCUCCAAGAAGCAGCUCCACGAGAUUGCCGUCGGCUUGGAGAAAUCGGAGCGGAGGUUCCUCUGGGUCGUCAGAAGCCCAAGCAGCGACGAGAAAAAUAUUUUUGAGAAGCUCCCUGAGCCAGACCUUGACGCACUCCUCCCCGAAGGAUUCUUGGAAAGAACGAAAGACCAGGGGCUCGUAGUCAAGUCUUGGGCACCGCAGGUGGAGGUGCUCGGGCACAGGGCGACAGGUGCCUUCAUGACGCACUGUGGGUGGAACUCAACGCUCGAAGGGAUCCUGGCGGGGCUGCCGCUGCUAUGUUGGCCAAUGUACGCGGAGCAAAGGUUGAACAAGGUGUUCAUCGUGGAGGAGUUUAAGCUUGGGGUGGUGCUGAGGGGUUACGACGAGGAGGUAGUGAAGGCCGAGGAAGUGGAAGAAAAGGUCAGGUGGGUGAUGGGUUCCGAGGGUGGAAGGGCCCUUCGUGAGCGCGCCGCAGCUGAGAAGAGCACGGCGGUUAAAGCGUUGAGUGAAGGAGGCGCAUCUCAUGCUGCUUUUGUUGAAUUCCUGAAUAGUUUGUAGACUAGAUAUAU